AUGCAGAAUAUUAGUUCUAAGGCUAACUUGAAGAAGGGUAUAGAUGUGGAGAUUCUUUGUUCGAGUUCACAAUGUCAAGUCACCAGCGAGGAAUUAACAAAUUUACGUCAACAAGUGAGGGAUCUUCAAGAAACGGUUACAUCUUUAGAAAAUAUUAUAGAAAUAAAGAAUAUGCAAUUGCAAAACAUGCAACGAGAUAACGAACGAUUAUCGGUUGAAUUGAAAAAGCAACAAAGAUAUGUCAGGAACUUUAAACAGCAGUUGGAUGAUGAAAGGUUUUUAUAUCAGAGAGACAAGGAUUUUCUUAAUAACGAAAUACAACGGCAAAAGACACGAUGCGUAAGUGGUGCCUCGAAAUUAUAUCAACACCGAAAAGAAUUAGAGUUAGUACGAAAAUGUUUGGAAGAUGAAAAUGAGUUACUUAGAGAAGAAUUAAACGAGAAGGCCGAAACAACGUACAAUUUGUGUAUAAAGUUUUUGCGAAUGAAAUAUGCUAAAGAUUGUAUAAGGUAUAAAUUUGAUCAGUUGUUGAAGGAGCAUCUGCAAGUUAUGACAGAUAUGAUGGAGAAAUUAGAUGAGGCAAGAGAAGAACUGAAUAUAAUCGUGUCUGAAAAAUUUCGAGAACCAUUACCUUUGAGUAAAGCAAAAUUUUUACAGGUGGUACAAAGAAAUGCUCGUCUAGUUCAUGAAAAUGCGACACUCAAGGUACAAAUACAACGUUUGAAUUUAAAUAUCGACAGAUUAAAGAGUCAUAUACAAAAACCGAAGUUGAUAAACGUAGAUGCCAAAAUAAUUGCGAAGUUAGCCACGCAAAGUAAAAAAAGAUGUAGCAAAGAAUCUACAAAAUGGCUACCAUUUCAGUAA